AUGGACCCUAAUAGAAAAGGGGUCAAGUGUCCAAUAUUUUCGGACGGUGAAGAAAUAAGUGGAACAGCUUUUGUAAGCAUUAAACCUGGUAAACGUCUUGAACAUUCUGGAAUAAAAGUAGAAUUGAUUGGGCAGAGUGACACGCUUUAUGAGAAGGCUGGUGUUUAUGAUUUUUUUGUAAUGUCCAAGGAAAUUGAGUCUUCGGGAACGUUAAUUGAGAGCAAACAAUACAAGUGGAAAUUUCCACUAGUAGGACUCGAAAACGAGACAUACUACGGAAUAAAUAUUAAGCUAUACUAUUUCAUAAGAAUUACAAUAACAAAAGGAUAUGGAGGCACAAUUACCAAGGAUACCAGUUUUGCCAUACAAAAUUUGGGCAUUCCUCCAGAGAUUAAUGACACAAUAAAAAUGGAGGUUGGCAUAGAAGAUUAUCUUCAUAUUGAAUUUGAAUACAACAAGUCCAAAUACCAUCUGAGGGAUGUCAUUUUGGGAAAGGUUUAUUUUCUUUCUGUUGCUAUAAAUGUAAAGUUCAUGGAAAUUGCAAUUCAACGGGUUGAAUCGCUUACGCUUGGUCGUAGUACGGUAAAUGAGACAGUGAAUAUUACAAAUUUCGAAAUAAUGGAUGGUGCUCCAAUAAAAGGAGAGUGUAUACCCGUUAGAAUGUAUCUAAAUGGUCUUGACAUUUGUCCAACAUACUCAAAUGUUCAAAACAAACUAACUGUUAGACACUACAUCAACCUCAUGAUUGUGGAUGAAGACGAUAAAAGAUACUUCAAAAAACAAGAAAUUGAACUUUGGCGCAGUCAUUUCGGAUAG